GCUGGAGAGUAGGGGAGGGGAGGCAGGGGAGGGAAGAGAGAUCAAAGGAGGGAGAGAAAGAGACAGCCAGCACCAACGCUGAACACACAGGACUGAUGUUUAAAGGACCAGCAGACAACAAAACAGAAGCAGUUAUGUCGGAACUUGUCCCAGAAACUCGGCCCAAACCAGCAGUGCCCAUGAAGCCAGUGGGCAAGAACCCCAACCUUUUGGGUUACAUUGGCAUAGACACAAUUAUUGAGCAGAUGCGUAAGAAAACAAUGAAAACCGGCUUCGAUUUCAAUAUUAUGGUUGUUGGACAGAGUGGCUUGGGAAAAUCUACACUAGUGAACACACUCUUUAAAUCCCAAGUGAGUCGAAAAUCUGCAGGUUGGAGUCGGGAUGACAAAAUACCAAAAACAGUGGAGAUUAAAUCAAUCAGCCAUGUUAUUGAAGAAGGAGGAGUAAAAAUGAAGCUGACUGUAGUUGACACUCCAGGAUUCGGGGACCAGAUUAAUAAUGAAAACUGUUGGGAACCUAUUGAAAAAUUUGUCAGUGAGCAGUAUGAAAAGUUCCUUAAGGAGGAGGUGAAUAUAGCCAGGAAGAAACGUAUCCCAGACACACGUGUGCACUGCUGCCUCUACUUCAUAUCUCCCACAGGACACUCCUUAAGACCUCUUGACCUCGAAUUCAUGAAGCACCUCAGUAAAGUUGUCAAUAUUAUUCCUGUUAUUGCCAAAGCAGACACCAUGACACUGGAAGAGAAAAUCGAGUUCAAGCAAAGAGUUCGUAAGGAGCUAGAAGUGAAUGGCAUUGAAUUUUACCCUCAAAAAGAGUUUGAUGAUGACUUGGAAGAUAAAACAGAGAAUGAUAAAAUACGUCAGGAAAGCAUGCCCUUUGCUGUAGUUGGCAGUGACAAAGAAUACCAAGUAAAUGGAAAGCGUGUUUUGGGUCGUAAAACCCCCUGGGGCAUUGUUGAAGUCGAAAACCUGGCUCACUGUGAAUUCUCUUUGCUACGGGACUUUGUUAUCAGGACUCAUCUCCAGGAUCUCAAAGAAGUGACCCACAAUAUUCACUACGAAACUUACAGAGCCAAGCGUCUAAAUGAAAAUGGUGGUCUCCCUCCUGUCAGUGCUGAAAAUGAAGAGUCACACGACAGCAACAUAUGAACCCCUGGUCUUUUUCAUAUCUCGAUGUCUAUCCCGGAUCCUCACAGCAGUGUGUAUUGCAGACACUUCAAUUACUGUCCAGGGCCUUUUCCAUCCUUGGGCUGCCUACACUUGGUGCCUCACCCGUUGGAACAACAAUGUGGUCAUAGUGCAGUUCAUUAUUGGUAGUUCUGAUAACAGGCCUGGAUUAUAUGGACUGCACAAUAUCACAUACUAAUAGGGAGAGAGCAGCAUCUGGACAAUACUGUGUUAUUUAUUACACUUUGUAUAGAAAAAAUUCCCACAUUUUAGCCCUUGGAGGCUCAUUGCCUUAAAUGAGCACAAUGUUGUCAUUUAGUCAAUUUAUACUCAGCUAUUUCCAUGUGUAAGCAAAUCAUUUGUCUCUAUUUGGCAGGACAUGUGGGCUGACAGAUACCAUCAUCCACAAUUACAACCUACCUACCCAUUAACUAUAUCACUGUCAGCUGCAAACACUAAAAAGGGUAUAUGAUUCCAAUAUACAAUCAUACCAAUCCUGCCAUGCUUUGUAAAAUACCUCUACUGCUUAGGAAGACGACUUCUGACUCCUUCCUGUGACACUGAAGCCUAUUAUCAAUGAGUACGUUGAUUUUAUGAUUAUCAAUUCAUUUUGCACUUUGAAUACCUAUUCAUUUUUUGAUAUGCACAAUAGUUAUUAUAUUGUAAAAAAAAAAGGGGGAUUGUGCCAUUCAGCAUCAGCAUUUUAUUGGUGAAGUGGUGUAAAAUGACCUUGGAGCUAAACAAUAGGGAAUUGUCAUUGCAAAAAAAACAAUACAUUAGUGGGUGUUUAAUAAUUCAUUAUCAGAAAUAGUAUUGUUUUUUGGGGCCAGCACUGUGACUAAGCUGUUAGCAUUGCUGCCUUGCAUCAUUGCAACCCAAACAUUAUCCACAAAGAGUUUGUAUGUUCAUUGGUUUCCUCCAGGUACUAUUGAUUAGAUUCACUCAAAUACAAAAGGAUAUUUUAAUUGUAUUGUUACCCACUCUGGAGGCAAUUCAGCAUGGCACACAUGGCUGAUUGGGCGCAAGAAUGCAAUUUCUUAUGUUUCUUCGCCAAAAUCAGCCUUGUGUGUCUGCACCAAUGCCAACACAAUGCAAUUGUCAGGACUCGGAGGCAGGAGACAAUGCUAAUGCCAGUGUAGGGACUGAUUCUCUGCCUUUAUUUCAGCAGAUUGAUUUUCAGCCCCACAUGGCAUUAGCCUAGAGGCAGCUGUAAUAAUUGAUACAAUAGUAGCUAAUAUUACACAGACAAGUCUGAGAAAUGUAACAUAUAGCGUAACUGUUCAGAUUCUGUCUUUGCCUGGAUUACUGAGCUGCCAGACCGAGGGAGGAACAUUACAUUUUAACAUUCAGUUUGGAAAAAUGGUCAAAAACAAAACAUAGAAUACAACUGAAAAAAGUAUUUAUAUCUUCUAAUUAUGCUUCUAGAAUUCUCAAUCUCAUUCCAUGCAAUCCAGCAUGGAAGCCUAAAGUAAGUUUUCCCCCAAAAUACAACUUUACACAAUAUAUUUGAAUAUUUCAUGAAUAAAGUGUAAUAUUCCUCAUCCUGACAAGGCUCCUCCAAAGUCACACAUUCUGAGAGGCCUGUGGCAACUGGUUGUAACCAGGUUAGGGAGCAUGUACCAUUUAGUGAUUUCUCCAAAAAAUCAUUCCAGUGAUCCCCAACAACAGCAUGGCUACAUUUUUGCAGCAUGAAAAAAAGUGAGGUUAGAAAAUAAUAACCACUUAAUAUCCAAGAACAACAGUGUAUUUUUGAACUACGAUACACUAUUGAUUUAUUUGAAUAUUGAGGGCAUGUUUUUUCUAGCAACAACAGUUCCCUAUUAGUCGAGAUUACUUAUACGUAGAUAGGUAGAAUGAUUUACAAAUCUGUAUCGUUGUUUGAAGGUGAUUAGUUGCCUACAGAGCUGCUACAGCAAACUUCUUUUCUCAGCAAUAGUAACCAACUAUAUACACUUAAACACGGCUCGGUGUCUUGUCCUGGUACUUUGACCCUGAAUAGUCUGUACUUUAAGAUUAAUAUUAAGUAAUAACCAUCCUUUUACCAAAUGUAUUUCUUGCGCCACCUUACAUUAUAUACAAGGAGAUGCAAUAUGUUUAGACAGUCGUAAUCUCACUUAUUGAAGCAGUAACACAGUAAUAUAUAUAUACACAGAGAGGACAUCUGAGUGUUGUCUCUUUAAAAAUGUUUUGCUUCUGUAAUGUAAACCAUCAUAGCUGGAGGUUUGUAGUGUUGGUCCGCUUUUUGGUUCUGCCUUUUUUUCAGAUUUGGCUUCCAGAAGUCUUCCAACCAGUCCCUUCCUCAUUCCCUCCUCACUCCCUAUGGCUGCCAUCUCCAAAGCAUGUUUUCUGCAUGCCUGCCAAUUCCGCUGCAUAAUUCCUACCCACUUCUAUGCCAUAAAGGUAAAUGAGGCAAUGUGAAACACAAGCUUCUUUCCCUUCAUGAUGCCCGAGAGAACUUAGGCAGGAUGUAGCCAGACAACUUUAAACAACAAAGAAGUAAACAUUCUGAGCCAACUAUGGAAGGUAGGGUAAGACAACUGAAAGCACAAAUUCUCUUAACGUUAUACUUACUAAUAUAUUAACUCACCCAUCUCUCACAGACAUGGUUACUAGGAAACUUCCUAUAAAGGUUUUGUUGGAUAUAAUUGAAGUGAUUCAGCUGUUUUUACAUUUAUCAAGGCCGAAUAAUAAGAAAAUGCUUAUGACCAGCUUCUCAUGUAACACAUAUCUCAUCAUCCUAUGACCCCAUUAUAAAUAGAAUUAGUGCAGGGGUAGGCAGCUUGGAGCACUUCAGUUCCUGCUCAAUUUCCAGUUUCCUGCUAGGAAUUGUAUUUAUUUUGUACUUGACGCUUUGCUAAAUAUUUAAGAUGGUAGAUCAUAAACCUCAAAAAUACACAUUAUUUACUUUUUGUUACUAUUUGCCAAUUCGAUAAAAUAUGUUAUUUGAUAUCUGUGCAGAUUGACCGCUUGAUGUGCAGUACACGGCUAAAAUGUAAAUCGCCUGGAGGCAGGCACACGGAGUGAUUCAUUUUCCAAAGUCGUCUGAAGUUUCCUCGUGAGGCAAUUACGGGCGACUUUGGAAAACUAAUCGUUCCAUGUGCCUGACCACAGGCGAUUUACAUUUUAGCCAGGGGAAGGCAGUUGAAGGCAGAUCGGGAAGAUUAAUCACCACGAAGAAGAGGAGAUUUAUCACCUGGUGAUUAAUCUCCCAGAAUCUCCCCGUGUGGCCAGACCCUUAGGUCACAAUCAGUUAUCAGGUAUUACACCAAUCCCACAUUUCCAUAUAAUGACAUGGGUAACACAUAAUUUUCUAAGAGACAAUAAAAGGUGACCCACCUAACUGUUGUAAGGUGAAAUCUACAAUUACUCUUUAAUUAUUAGGGGAUCCUGGGUACUGUAGUUUGAAACAACUAGAGGACCCAGACAUCCAUAUUGGAUUUAUGUAUAAGGAGGUUCUAAUGGCGGUGGAAACAUUGGCAUUUAUUUGGAGUUCUGUGGCAGAGGCUUAUUUUUAUGUAUAUCACUAGAAUGUCUUAAUUUUCCAACCCAUGGCCAAUGCCCUCCUGUACCAGCUGUAAUUCCAUCAUCUUGUUUAAACAUGUUUUUUGUAUGGACCAUUUUUUAUCUUUUUUACAUAUGUAUUUUAAAACUUGUAGCAGUUGUUAAUAUUCUACUAAUCAAGAAACAUUCACCUGUUUAACCUAAACUAACGUGUACUAGAAAGGCUGUCCUGUUCUGUAAUAAGUCUUAUUAAACCUUUUAGGAAUAUACUAACACAUAAACCCGGCAUAUCUCACGUCACAGAAAUUACAGUUAUCUUGUACAGACUGUCACUCAGCACUAAUCCCUGUUACAAUACUGUGUAAUUGUUGUGUAACAGAUAAGGAACACAUUUUUAGAAAGAGAAGAUAUGAUAACUGCAAUAAUAUGUUUACUGAUCAGGCCUGUUAACUGCAUUCUCAGUCAGUUUGUAAUGUUUGGUUCUGCACUCUUUGUGUUCUCAGUUUGCCAAAUCAGUCAGCACUUGGUUCUUUAUGUAACAGUAAAUGAUGUGUGCACAGUAAACAACUCUAUGUCCACUCAAUCUUUCA